AUGGUUAACGUUGACCUCACGCUACCAUCCCUGCCCAAUGUUAAUGGCAACCUCGAGCUCAACCAGGUCAUUCUUCGUACUCCCUCAACCUCCUGCGGCCCUGGCGCCGUCAUCAACACAACCUUCAUGUUUCUACAGCCCCACGCUCGAAGGGUAACGUCCCUUGGCACGUCAACACAGACCCCCCCUCACCCUUUCAUAAAUAUGUCUCUCGCUGCUCACUUCGACUUCCCGCACCUUCCUGUCAUCCUCGUGCGGUUGUCUACUUCCUCUCGCUAUCUGGUGAUUGCCUGCAAGAUCUCGUGGAAUAUGUGCCGGUGCAGAUAUCGUCAUGCAGCACCCUCGGGACCAUGGCCUUGGGUAGAUUUCAACACCGACCUCUCAUCCUCUGAGCUGCCAUUUCGGAAGGGCGAACAUGAAUGGCGCGGAUACCCGCAAGAACUUUUUGGCAACUGGAGUCCGAUUCCGGUGGCACGAAGCGAGAUGUUGACACAAUGUGCGCGCACCAUGAAACCGUGCGUUAUAUAUGGCAUUGACGUAACGGGCGACGGUCAAUUCAAAACACGGGAGCAAGGGCUGCACCGCGUUCAAGUUGAGGUGUCGGAAGAGAAGGAAAACGAAUUCUGGUCAGAAUUACAGAAGGAGGAAAGUGUUGUGAUACCCCAUCUCACUAAAUUGAUGAGUGAUUAUGACCACAAUCAGGUUCGGGAGAACGUCCGCGUUCGAGCGUUAUUCGUGGAUAACCUGUCGGAAUCCGUUUUGAAGAUGUUGGGGACCAAGUAUAACAUUGAGGCAUUCUUCUUUUCAUCCUCCACCAACUGGAUUCCCUCGCGAUACCGGGAAGAGGUUCGACAUGGAUUGGGGGAUCAUAUCACAGUUAUCCUUCCUUUUAUUCGGACCACGGAGAAGAAAAAGAAGAGCCUAUCAGGCAUGAAAUGUAAUGACAGGAAGAACACCAUAGAUGUCAUGGCACCGCUUAACCUGCACGGCGAACAUGUCCUUCUCAUCGACCUUCUGGCAGUUCACAUGAUCCGCGAGAAGAAUUCUUCUACGAUCAUAACGUAUCAUCCUCCGCUACGUGAUCGCACCACCGCCGAGCGCUUGUAUCAGGUUAUGGAGCGCGCAGGUGGAAGUGUUUACUGGAACAAAAUAUUCAUGGCAUCUGAAGAUCCGACCUUUUUCUUUCUGGUGAUCCUGUGGUACGCGUUAUAUGCGUGGGAUGAAACAUUUGAAGUGCUGUAUAACCGCAUCAAGGAUUUGGAGGUAAUCUUGAAUGGCUCCGACUUCAUCGCUAUGGCCGACCUCAACCAUAGCCUCCACAGCCUUCAGGCGCACCUACUCCAGUACCAAGCCCUCCUUCAUGAUUUCGAGAAAUCGGUCGCAUUUGUUAUGGAGACUCCAAACCCUGCAAUGGAAAAAUCAGAAAAUAGGGCAACUACAAAAGAGCUGAUGCAACGAGAAUGCAAGAACCUCCUUUCCGAGGUCGACAGGUUGCACAGGAGAUGUUCGAUGUUCAUCAGUCGAUUAAAGAAUGCCAUAGAUUUGGCAUUCGCGACUGUAAACAUCGAGGACAGUCGUCAAACGCACAGAUUAACUAGGGCAACUCUUCGAGACUCUGCAGCGAUGAAACUGAUAUCAUACCUGACCAUGGUCUUCUUGCCCGCCAGUUUAACUGCUUCGGUCUUUGGGAUGAAUGUGCGCGAAAUUUCUCCCGGCACCCUAGAAACGAUCACGCGCUAUGUUUGGGUGACUUUGACGCUGACUCUUGUCACCACAUGGACCGUUAUCGCUUUACAACCAUACAGUACAAUCCACAAGCCUGGAGCUAGUAUGUGGCGGAGGGCUGCUUGGCCUGCAUUUUUCUUCCCCCAAAAAAUUAUUGAGUGCUCCAAGUCCUUCUGGAUCAAGGGCAAGAAGACCUCGCCACAGGAAAAAAAUCCCUCCUUGGGUCCAAGUCGCAGGAAAGGAGGUAACUCUUCUACGUUGAUGUUCGACGACGCAAUAUUUGAAGAGGAUGUGAUUGGUGGUUGA